ACAUGCAAACUCAUCCUCCAUUGCAUUGCAGUGAGAACAAACACACACAAACUCAUGGCUUCCUCACUCUCUUUACUAACUCUACUUAUCUUUACUGUUAUCUCUACCGUUAAAUCCUGCCCUCCGUCAGACCGGGCAGCACUCUUAGCCUUCAAAGCUGCCCUGACGGAACCCAACUUAGGCAUCUUCAACACCUGGUCAGGCUAUGACUGCUGCCGCGGCUGGCACGGCGUCAGCUGCAACCCCGCCACCUGGCGCGUUACCGACAUUAACCUCCGCGGCGACUCCGAAGAUCCAAUCUUCCAGAAUGUUACUCACUCCAGCAGCAUGACGGGAAUCAUCUCGCCGGAGAUUUGUAAACUUGACGAGCUCACCACCAUAGUCAUCGCAGACUGGAAAUCCAUAUCCGGCGAAAUACCUUCCUGCAUUACCUCUCUUUCUUCACUCCGAAUUCUUGACCUCACCGGAAACCAAAUCUCCGGCGACAUUCCAGGAAACAUCGGAAAGCUCCAACGCCUCACCGUCUUGAACCUCGCUGACAAUGCAAUCUCCGGCGAGAUUCCGAUGUCGAUCGUUAGAAUCUCCGCUCUCAUGCACCUUGACCUCAGCAACAAUCAAAUCAUUGGCGAGUUACCAGCUGAUUUCGGAAAACUCCGUCGACUGAGUCGCGCGUUGCUGAGUCGAAACCAACUUGUUGGUUCGAUUCCUAAUUCGGUUCUUAAAAUGAACCGGCUCGCAGAUUUGGAUUUGUCUUCAAACAAGAUAACCGGUUCAAUCCCGGUUCGGCUCGGAAAAAUGCGGGUUCUAUCUACACUAAAACUUGAUGGCAACUCUAUGACCGGUAAAAUACCAUCCAGUUUGUUAAGCAAUACGGGUAUGGGUAUUGUGAAUUUGAGCCGAAACGGUUUUGAAGGGUCCAUACCUGAUGUAUUCGGGUCAAAAUCUUAUUUCAUGGUUCUUGAUUUAUCGUUUAAUAACUUAACGGGUCGGGUACCCGGUUCAUUAUCAUCAGCGAAGUUUAUGGGUCAUUUGGAUCUUAGCAAUAACCAUCUUUGUGGGACUAUACCAAUUGGUUCUCCAUUUGAUCAUCUCGAUGCGGCGUCGUUUAACAACAAUGAUUGUCUAUGUGGAAACCCAUUGAAAACUUGUUAAUUAUUGGGUUGUAUUAUUUUAUAAUAAUUAUUACUAUUACGGUGAAGUGAAGGUUAAGUGUGAUUUUGGAUUUGAUGUAAUAUGUUUUUGUCAUGUAAUGUAAUAUUAUACUAUAGUGGACAAAAAAUAUGGGUGCAGAUGUGAGAUGCCAAUCACAUGAUAUGUUUAUGGUUGCAUGUGCAUAUGUGCAUACAGAAACACAUCGGUCAAGCAAAGUUGGAAUAUUGUUGUGUAAUUGCAUGUGAGUUUUGCUUUGCAACGUGAAUGAUUUGGAUUA